GAUGUUCUCACAGGAUGCUGGAACGAGCAGUCCGAGUCGAGCGGCAUGAGGAGGAAGAAAGGAAAAGAGUCAGCUGAGAAGAGCGUCGGGGAUUCCAGCGGCCGUGCGGUCUCUAUCGAUCCCGUUUUGGAGGUGUCGGAAGGUGGGGUGCGCACACGAGGUGGUGAGGAUGUGAAAUCAACGUGGGCAGGACACGCUGGAAAGACUCGCCGUCUGCCAAGAGUCAGCAACAUGGCCGCCUUCCCGUUGCUCUUCCCGCUUCUGGUCGGCUGCGCGGUGACGGCAGUCCGCCCGCCUCGCCAUCGCCCUUCCUGCCACAUCGUGGGGACGAGGGUGGUCUGCAGUGAUUUAAGCCUGACCGGCACCGCCGCCGACCUCCCGUCGGGCGUCCGAGCGCUGGACCUUUCGCACAACCAGCUGCGGAAUCUCAGCCGCGACACACUCGCCGGCCACACGGGCCUGCAUCACCUGGACCUGCACUCCAACAAGAUCCGCUUCAUUCAGCCGGGACUUUUUGAGGCCAUGCGUGACCUCAAAGUCCUGGAUCUGUCCGGCAAUCAUCUCAACGUGUUUGCUCUGGCCAAAAUUCAAAUCGGAACACUCGCAGCGGUGGAGUCUCUGGAUCUUUCCAGUAACGGCUUGUACACGGGGAUGUCUGACGUUUUCCUCGCCGAUUCUCCUUGGCUGGUGGAGCUCUCGCUGAGCAGCAACAGCAUCACCAAGAUCUCGCAAAACACUUUCAGCGGCGCCUCGUCCCUGAGGAGGAUUAGCCUCCAUAACAACGUCAUUUUGGAGAUCGAAGACGGCGCCUUUGACUCUCUUGAUGACCUCGUCGAACUGGACUUGUCCAUGAACUCUAUCGCCUGCAUCACAGAUUUCAAUUUGAGACGGCUGAGAGUGUUAAACCUCAGCAGGAACAGCCUGGAGCUCUUCCAGAGCACCGGAUCAGCCGAGCUGUACCAUCUCGCCUUUCUGGAUCUGAGCGAAAAUAAACUGCCUUAUUUCCCACUGCUGCCCGCCAACAACACAAUCCGACAUCUGGACCUGUCGCGCAACCGCCUGCAUAGCCUCAACGUGACGGACACGGCCGAGACCAAGACGCCCGAGACCGUUUUGAGGCACCUGGAACACUUGGACUUAAGUUACAACCAGCUCACGGACUUGCCGCAGUCCUUCUUUCGCACAAUGACGUCGCUGGAAGUCCUCAACGUGAGCAACAACUGCGUCACCUUGUUUUCCGUCACCGACGAAGACCUCCUUCCCGCAGCCAAGAUCAUCAACCUUAACUACAACUCCCUAGAGAGACUUUCCUUCGGCGAAGGGAGCCUCCAGGCUUUGGAGGAGCUCUUCCUGCAAGGUAACGACCUCAGCACCCUAGCGCAUCAAAUGUUCCAGAGACUUCCGAGUCUGAAACUACUACAGCUCCAGGAGAACAAUCUUCGAGUGUGCCCCUCACAGACAAAACCAGAUCCAAAUCCUGCAAAAUGUGUCUCGUUCUCUUCCGUUCCAAAUCUCAAGGCCCUUUACCUUUCUCGGAACAAUCUGAAGAGUUUGCCUGAUAGAGCGUUUGCCAACAGCCCUCUCAGCUUGCUCGACUUGUCCCUCAAUCCCGGCAUGGAGAUGCACCGAGACUCCUUGGCCGGUCUGGAGGACUCCCUGGUCCAGCUCCUUCUGAGGGAGAACAACAUUUCCCGCCUGAACACGGACAUGUCAUCACUGAGGAGCCUGAAACUGGUCGACCUGUCCACCAACCACCUGACCAGCCUCCCCGCGUGGAACCGAGAGCUCUCCAUCGAGACCCUCAACUUGCAGAACAACAGCCUGGUCACUCUGGAGCGCAGCACCGUGGCAGCGUUGGAGCACUCGCUGAAGACGCUCUACGUGGGCGACAAUCCGCUCAGCUGCUGCGGAAACCUGGACUUGGUGCGCCUGCUGCAGCACUCGGCCGUGGUGGUGCCCGACAUCGAGGCGGCGACGUGCGUUCUCGGCGAGGGCUCGGAACCGGUCAACAUCGAGAAAGUGACCCAGGAAAUGUGUCGGGGACGAAAGAAAGCCAAAUACAUCGUCGUCAUCGUUGGGGUUGUGUUCUUGGCUGCCAUUGCCUUGGGAGUGCUGGUGAAAUACUGCAAGUCGAGGAAGGGGAAGCAUAUCCGAAGAUUUAGCGCAUGAAGGAGAAUUCAUUUUGGAAAAAGUGGAUUAUACCCUCACACACACUGACUUUUAAGAUCUGAUUUUUGACCUCACGCGAUUAUAAGUGUAACCUGCUUAAAAUUCUGCUGAACAUUUUUUGGGAAGGUAUUUACUUUUAAGAGUCCAGAAUACUUCAAUCUAGGAACAACUUGAGUGGCUUUCGACUAAUAAUGUCUUAAUCGUGGAUUGCUUUUUUUGAUUUCAAUCUGAAACCAAAUAGGAAAUCAGGUUUCAGUUAACGGUCUCCAUUUUCUUGCCGGUUGAUAAACGUUAGCAUAAAAAUGGAAUUUAAGGAGUGACAUCGUUUAAAGUAAAUGGAAAUGAAUGAUGGAAUUGAACCGCUGGAGAAAAGGAACACCUGAGGGGACAGUUUGGACGAGCAUUUAGCUUUUAUGGACAUUAGCUUGAAUUCAAAGCUCAUGAAAAAAAAAGUGUGGGUGAAGUCCGCUGUCGUAAUUGGAGUCUGGCGACUGAUCCUCUUCAGACUCAAGAAGUAGUUUUUGCACUUUACGCUUACGCUCGUUUUUUGUGUGUGUGUCAUUUGUGAACACUAAUAACAGUUUUUAUAAUUUAUUUUUGUAUUAGUCAGGAUGAAUUUAUUCAAAUUAUUGGACUGAGCACUCGCAAUAAUAACUGUGACACUUUUUUUUACUAUGAUGGCACACUUUUUGUACCCAAAAGUCAUUUCAUAUAAUGAGAUACACUGACAACGUGCGUGAUUAAACAUAAACCCGUGAACACUUUC